AUGCUGCUAACUCGUGCAACACCAGAGAUAGCACUGGCGCCUACAGAAAAGGCAUCAAGUCUGAGGCUUCCCCCUGAACUCAGCGCUGGCUCUUUCGCGUCGCGUCUAUGCUGGCUCGGUGCGAAGUGCUUCGUAGCGGCGUCUGGCUCCGAGACGUACGCCCUGCAAGUAUCGAGUAAAUUGCAGGGCGUUUCGCAAGUCGCCGACCGUGACUAUGAGGCUUUCUCGGAGAGCGCUCAGCGAACCGAGGUUGUGCUCCUUCCAAAUAGACAGACGAGCGCUGUGUGGAGCGUGCUGGCGCAGCCCCGUUUCCGAACGGAGGCCCAGUGCUUGGCUAGCUCACUCGUUGAUGGUGAUUUGGACGGUGACCGCCAGUGCUUAGUCGCCUGUGUGGAUUCUCUUGGGGCGCUGGCCGUGAGCCGGUUGCACCUGACGGAGUGCUCUAGUGGGACGCAGAUUCAGAACCGUUCCAGUUUCACUGGGGCGACUGUGGAGCAUCCUCGGGUACACCCCGGUCCUUCCUGUUGUGCGCUGGCACGGCCAGGACGCUCCAAGUCUGUUCGGAGCCCGUACAUCGCGGUUGCUGGAUACCUGGGCUGUACGGUCUCGGUCUACGAAGGAGAGCUACUUGUACGGCAUAUGCGCACACUAGAGCACCCAAGCAGCCUCACUUUUGGGAGCGGGUCGGGGGCAUUUGGUGCCCAGUUCCAUUCCACGCCUUGUGAACAUGAAGAACUGCUUUACUUCACGGAGGGCCCGGCCAUUUCGCUAUGUGAUCUACGAGCACCGGGGAUGUCAUUCCGAAGGAAAAUCAUUGGCGGGCAUGCGUCCAUGUCGAGCGGUGCGACCGUAUCCUGGUACAGUUGCGACCUAGUUGGCUACGAAAUGGCACUCGUUGGACCGCAACGCUGCGUUCUGGUUGUAGAUGUUCGGCGAUGGGGUGUCCUUGGCCGCUGGUGGUCAUGCCUCAAAUACGAUGCGACGACUGUUAUGUGGGCAAGUGCAACAUCGCCCUCGCUUGAUCGCAGACGUACUCAAGGCAUGCUCCUCUAUGUCAGUGGGCGUGAUAAUGAAAUGGCCUGUGGAACGCUUUCCGCAACGGCACCUGAAACGCAGCCGCAGCAAGCAACGCAUGAACAAGGGCGACGGCCAAACGCGUUGUCAAGCAGCAGGGAGCCUGUCUCUGCACCAUGUGGAUGGCAACAAAAAGGUGAGCGUUUGUUCGGUUUUCGAGCAGAAAACGGUUGGAUCGGUGCCGCCCGAUAUGGCGAAUGCGGCUGGGCUGGCCUCACCGAACGCGGAAUACUCUACACGUUACGGACGUGGUCGGGCAAGGAACUCUGA